AAAAAAUUAGUCAUAAUUACAAGGGGUGAUAAGUAUAUAAUGAAAUUCGUAGUCGGGAACAUCAGUUCCCCUUAGACAACAUGAAGAAGUUAUUGCUUGUGUUUUUCAUCGCUAGCAUGACGUCGAGUCAUGUGGAAUGCGUUAUGUCAGAAGCACAAUUGAAAUCCGCUGCAAAAUUGCUAAGGAAUGUAUGCCAACCGAAAACAAAAAUUUCUGCAGCUCAACUUGCUACGCUACAAACGGGUGUUGUUAAUCAGGAUGAACCAGAAGUUAUGAGCUACAUCGAGUGUAUUUUAAGGACAGGACAAAUCAUGAAAGAUGCCAAACUUAAUAUUGAUUCUCUUAAAUCUCAAAUGGCAAAUUUACCGCCUACGAUAUCGGAACCGGGUAUGAUUACUGUAGAACAUUGUAAAGAUUCGCCAAAGAGCAGUGACAAGUUUAUAGCGGCAGCCGAAUUUUACAAAUGCUUCUACGAUGAUAAUCCUGCUAAUUUCUUCUUCCCCUAAGUUUGGAACCAGAUUUUUAGGUGUUAUAAUACUUAUAAUGUCAAUAUCAUCCAUCCACAAUUUUAAUUAACUAAUAAAGUUAUAUCUUGUACAUAAA